AACACGUUGUUAGGUAGAGCCGAUUAUACGCCGCACCUGUGCGUUGCCUUUUGCAAUAGUAAGCUUAAUUCACAACACGAGCGAACUCGGCUUCCAAGCGUUUGAUGGCAACAAAACACUGUCAUUGAUAUUCUUUGACUACUGUCAGUAUUGUCGACUUUAUGGCAACGUGAGGUUUUGCGCGGUUGUAAAAACGGCGACAGAUGACAAUUGCGUCCGGGCCCGCUGAGCCGUUGCGUGCCAAGGGGUAUGCCGAAGUAUCAUGGGUGUCGCGUCUAUUCUUUUCAUAUGUUGAGCCGUUGCUGGACCGAGCGGCUAGACUGCCGAUUGAGGAGAAUGACGUCGAGUGGCUGACGUCUUCAAGCGACCAAGCACAGACGUUAGCCGUGGAAUUCGAGCGCACAUAUGAGCGAGUGAAGGCCGAGUACUCCUCCCCAAGCAGCCUCAGCCCCUCCAUCAACAUAACUGACAGCCCUAGCAUCAGCAGCAACAACAACAACAGCCACAAUAGCGCCACUCACUCCUCUACUGUGGAGGGUUCUCCCAAGCAGCAGCCCCACCAGCCCCCGCCCCAGCCCCCUCGUCGGCGCCCCUGGACCACCCUAACCGGCAUCACCCUCCUGCGGCUCUACUGGCGUCCCAUGCUGCUGGAGUCGCUGUGGGUGCUGGUGGAGGUGGGGCAGAGGUUGGGUACUCCUGUGGCGCUGCGGCAGUUCCUGUUUUGGCUGCAGGCCUACGCGGCUGGCACUCCGCAGCCCGAGUGGAAGGGCUGGGUGUGGGCGGUGGUGCUGGGGGCGUGCGGCUGCUCCAUGGUCGUCAUCCACCACCAGCUGUUCUGGAUUGGCAUGCGUUCGGGCUUCCGGAUGCGUCAGCAGGCGAUCGCUGCCAUCCACUCCAAGGUGCUGCGGCUGAACAGCGCGGCAGUGGGCGCCCUCUCCACCGGUCAUGUGGUGAACCUGGUGUCGAAUGACGUGCGCAGGUUCGACGAUGUGAUGCCGUUUUGGAUCUUCCUGUGGGCAGCCCCCCUGGAGCUGUGCAUGGUGCUGCUCAUGGUGAGUUUGGAGCUGGACUUCCCCUCCGCGCUUGCCGGGGUGGCUAGCUCGCUGGCCAUGAUACCGCUGCAGAGCGGCUUGGUGCGCUACAUCGGGGGGCUCAGGCGUAACACGGCUCGUUGUACGGACGAGCGAGUGCGGCUAGCGGGGGAGGUGGUGGAGGGCGCGCUAGCCAUGAAGAUGCUCGGCUGGGAGGACCCUUUUGCUGCGGCCCUACGUGACAUCCGCGGGCGGGAGACGCACUACAGCCGACGCACGCAGCGCAUUCGGGGGGUCAACUUCGCGCUUCAGUUCGCCAUCACGCCCAUCGUGUCGUUUGUGACGUUUGCGGUGUACAGGGCUCGUUCCGGGACCCUGCACGUGGCCUCCGUCUUCUACGCGCUCUCGCUGCUCAGCCUGCCCAAACUCUACAUGGUGAACUUCUUCGUGCUGGCGGUCCAGUUCCUCACCGAGCUGCGCAUCUCGCUGCAGCGCAUCGACGCCUUCCUCUCCACACCGGAGCCACCCCGACCCGCACAGCAGCAACAAUACCAACAACAGCAGCAACAACAACAACAGUCACAACAGCAGCCGCAACAGCCACAACAGGCUGAGCAACGCCAGGAUUCUAGGCCGACAGAGCAGCAGCAGCAGCAUCAGGAGGCACUAGGGGGGCAGCCUGAUUCGGCAGGCUGUGAUGGUGAUACCGAUUCCUCUCUGCCGGAUGGAUACGUAGCCAUGGGCGGAGCGGAUUACGAUUGGUCGCGUCCCUUUGGUCGGGAUGAGGUGCUCGUAAUUGACACGCAUGGUACCGCACUUGGUGGAAGCGGUGGCAGGGCUGCUGCUGUUGCUGCUUCUGGUAAUAGUAAAAGCGGAGGCGGGCGGAAAAGCGAGGAGCGGACAAAAGCAGAGGUGGCAGCUGGCAAGGGAGGUUCAGGAGGCAGCAACGGGGAGCACACAAGUCCCCACGGCGAUGCUAGUAAUGGCGGGGGCAGCAGCCAUGAGGUUCAUGACAGUGGGAUUGGGG